CUAUGAAGGCGGCUCCCUGUUGUUAUAGAGACGCGUCAUCACGGUUCCUAUGGUUACUGGCUUGUUUUCUAGCCCAGAGCAGUGAGGAGGAUCCGUAUGGUAUAUUGCAGAUCUCGCUACCUAAUAGUGUUAAUCAAACAUCAGCUCCUAAUCAGAAAGACACACAAUGGCCAAACUGGUACAUCUGCCACCGAAGUUCCUACCUCAGGAAUGGGCUAUGACAAACAAGGCACGUUACACCUCAGCAGAGCUCGAGAGAUCCAGAUCAGAGAGACUCGUCGCUGAAAGCCAGAGAUUAGUACAUGAGAUCGAGAAAACAACACAAAAGUCUCAAAGAGAUGUCAACAAAAAGCUAGAGCAGAGGCAGGAGGAGAUCGAGUUUUGGAAGAAAGAGUUAGAUACGAAACUUGAAGAAACAGCGAAUGAGAUAGAACAGCUGCUGGUAUUUAAGAUUCGCCUGGAGAAUGCUCUGGAGGGUUGCAAGGAGCCUCUAGCCAUUGCACAACAAUGUUUAAUAGAAAGGGAGAAGAGAGUGGGGAUCGACCUCGUGCACGAUGAGGUGGAAAGGGAACUCAUUAAGGAAGUAGAAGUAAUUCAAGGAGUGAUGGCAUUGCUCCAGCGUACUUUAGAACAAACCAUUGAGCAGAUCAGAUUGAACCGGUCAGCUAAAUACUCCCUAGAAAAGGAUAUACAAGAUAAAUUUCAAGCCUUAGAAAUAGACAACUACUGCAGCACCCUAACAAACAACACUCCUGACAUCAGAUAUGCCUCCAAUUCUGUGAAGAUCCAGUCAAACUCUGUAAACCCCAAAGAAUGGGAAGAUUUCACCAAUGCUAAUAUUGUAAAAGCUGAGAAGCAGAGAAACAGUGCCGUGGCACUGAGAUCACUGAUUGACAGCAUCUUGUCUGAGACAGCCGAUGACUUGAGCAAGCAGUGUGACACAGUGAACUUCGCCCUAAAAAAUCAUGUGCAAGAGACAAAGGAUGCUAAAAAUAAACUGGAAGUUCAUCUUGCAAAGGUGAUGGAUGAGAUCAGUUGCCAGGAGAAGAACAUAGAAAGUCUAAAGAAAGCCAUCAUGGACAAAGAGGGGCCAAUCAAAGUGGCUCAGACCCGUUUGGAAACACGAACCUUGCGACCAAAUGUGGAGCUGUGUCGUGACCCAGUGCAGUACAGACUCAUCAAUGAAGUUAAUGAGAUAACCGUGAAUGUAGAAAGGCUCCGAGAAGCCCUCUGCCAAGCAGAGAGGGAAUUAAAAGCUUUAAACAGGAACCAGCUCUCCCUAGAAGAAGAGAUCAAGGUUAAAGAAAAUACACUGUACAUUGGUGAAGUCAUUUGUAUGCAGAUGAGAGAAGCAAUUUCCAUCAACAAAUUCUAACAGUGGCUCUUAUGUUAGUGAAUAUGCCAUAUGUAUAGGCAGCCUUUAAAUUAAUUUAAUGAAAAAUGUGGUGUGUCUUGUCCUAUGCCUCAUUGUAAGACAAACACUGGCUGCUGUGGAAACGUUGUCUAUGAUGUAAUUCCUAUAAACCCUAGCCUAGA